AUGAUUCGCUUCUGCACUUUUUGGGUGCUGCUCUUCGUCUUGGCAUGUUGUCUUUUGCAGCAAGCUUUGCGAAAAACUCUACAAGUCAGCUUGGUGGCUCCGUCGCUGGGAGAAGCAUCGGAAAGAGUAGAAGGAUCUUCCAGCACCGAACGUCGUGAUCACGGAUCUGCUGGGUCGCAGGCGUCGCUAGUGCAAGGAGAAGUCCCCGGCCGCGCCCGUGGCGCCCGUGUUUCCGUUCCUUCAUGCCAUGGGUGUCGGGGUGGAAGCCUCGGUGAUUUAUCAACGCUGAAGGCCACAGGUCCUUUGCGGCACGUCGUCGUGUCCAUGGCGAGCCGGGAAGUCGACGUCCUGGCGUUCCUGGUGCUUGCGAGAUCGCUGCGUGCCGCUGGUCGCUUCUCAGGCGACAUAGUCCUCAUGUGGUUUGGCGACCCCAAGACAGAUAUCUCUUGUAGGCACAAACAAGCGAUGGAAGAGCUUCAUUUCAGAGUUGUGUGCGUGCGCCAGCCCUUGCGCGAGACAGAAAUUCACAGCAGUGUGACCGGACGUUCUUGGGAUUGGGUGAAGCUGCUAGCAUUCACGCUGACCGGCUUUGACUUGGGAGUUUUUCUCGACGUCGACAUGAUGGCAGUUCGUCAAAUAGAUGAGCUGUGGAGCGGCUUGGGUGCAGGAGGCGCGCAGACGCAGCUGGCCUUCGUGGAUGGACCCAAGUCGCUUCUGAAUUCUGGGAUCUUCGUAUUUCGGCCCAACAUGGAAGACUUUACUGGGUUGACCAAUCUCGUGCGCCGGGGCCAGUACUCCGAGCUCGAUGGCUGGAACCAUGCAGGCAUCGUUUCAGGGAAGAGCAACCAUUGGGAUGAGUGCCAGGGCUUGCUGUACCACUAUUUCGUUCAGCUCCGCAGGGGCGGUGUGCAGCUGUCACGAGAAGUUUGGGGAGCAAGCCCAUAUGCCUUGUCAGGUAGUGCCGGCAUUGUUCAUUUCACCGGCAACUCCAAGCCCUGUGUGCUUGCCUCCAUGAAGAAGCCAGGACACACCGUGAACGACGAAUCCCUGCAAUCUUACGUUCAGUGGUAUGACUACUUGUCCCAAACAGUGGAUGCGGACACCAUCGCUAGCUUGUCGGCGGGAGCUUGUGAAAGACCCGUGCGGGCAGGGUCUCGUCCCCUACGGGCACCAGGCAACUUAGCCACCAAAUCUCACUGGGAAGACCAUGCGCCACUGUCGCCCGGGUCGUCUGUAGUCGUAGUGACACAAGCCGAGUACGACGGGACCGUGGCCUGUUCGUUCGUUAGCGAGAGCACCGAGAAGUCUGUGUUUUGUGCGCAAGAAGUCGCCGAGCACACUCUGGUCAAGCGCUGGAUACCGCGAGAUGCAACGGUCUUAGAAAUGGGAGCCCGGUAUGGAACGACUUCUUGUGCCAUUAGCCAGGCCCUGGGAAACUCCGGUAAGCAGGUGGCUGUCGAGCCAGAUGAGCGAGUUUGGAACGCCAUUUCACAAAACCGCGCGACCCACAACUGUAAUUUCAUUCUUCACCGGGGCAUUCUUGGCGGGGGUGGCUACGUCCUGAGUGGCUUGCAGUAUGGCAAAAGGGCCCACCGCGAAAAAGGCAUCUCUGGCAUACCACACCUGACCAUGGCAGAAGCAGAGCAGGCGUAUGGCCUGCGCUUUGACACUCUGUUGAUUGACUGUGAAGGCUGUGUCAACAGCUUCUUGAAGGAGAAUCACGACGCGUUGACGAACAUCCGGCUUAUUCUCCUUGAAGCUGAUCAGCCGAAGACGAUAGACUAUCGGAAGGUCAUCGCGAACCUGGCCAAGCAUGGUUUCGAAGUGGUUGACAAGUUUCAAGAGCUAGACAGACCAAACAAGCUGUGGCACUAUGCGUUCAAACGCAGCCAGUAA